UCCGGCUCAAAACCCACCACCUCCGGGGUUGUUCCCACAACAGUUCAGCGUACCACCAGAGAUUCCGCCUACCGUGCCAGCUCAAUUCCAGGUCCAACCACAGGGACAAUGGCCAGGACAGCCAUGGCAUGUCGUGGGCCAGUGGCCUUCGAUCCAGCAAUGGAGUGCGCCGCAGAUGCCGAUGGCGCCGCUGGUGAAUCAGCAAGCCUCCGGGCAUGCGAAUCAGGGGAACGGUUCGUCCAAUCGUGAUACGAAGGGACCUGCUGCGAAUGCGUUUCCCGGGCCCGACAAUCGGGCUUAUUUCACCAAGGAGUAUAUGGAUCUCCUUGAAGGUAUCAAGAUGGACAAGGCGUUAGACGAUGCUAAGAAGAGGAUUGCGACUUCAAGGAGAGGUGGCGUUCGCAUUACGGAGCUGCCAAGUGAGAGCAACCAAAGUGAGAAUCGUACCGGAGUGAAGAGUGAGAAGUCGGAUAGAACUGACGAUAUGAAAGCGUGGGUUACCACCACGCUGGGAGAUUCGCUUAAGCUGAUCAACGAGAAACUCGAAGAAGUAGACAAGAAGUCGAAAUUGACAUCGGGCGAGAAGGAAGAGCUUGAACGACUUCAUAGUGAGAAAGCUCGGGCGGAGAAAAUCAGUAUUGACUCCACGAGUAGCGAGAAACGGCAAGCUGGUGUCAAACAUAAUCUACAAGCAAAGAUUGAAGGGAGCAGCGAGCUAAGUGAUAUUAAGAAGAUGCUUGCUGCGCUUAUGCAAGGGUUGGGCGACGGGAAAAGCAAGGCAAAAGUUGUUGAACCAGAGCCAGCUAAGUACACGCCGGUAGAAGGUGAUGAUGUGGACCUGGUGCAGAAUGCUACUUGCGCUGAGGACAAAGAAGAAGGUGACGAAGGGGGCCUUGCCGCCUACAUGAAGAUUCGUUUGGACUUCUACCAUUCUCUGCACUACUCCAGAGUGCAACAGAUGUGUAAACAGAAAGGGAUCCAGUACUACCGUAAGGAAAUGGGAGCUUGGGAACUCGCCAGGCUGGACCUUCAGGAUUACACUGAUCAGCUGAAUGCUGAUGAAUCCACCGUAGUUGCAGGACCAUCGUGGAAGAACGAAGUGAGCCGGGAUGACGCCGCCAACGACGAUACAGUCGGGGGACUCUGAGUUUCGGUAGCCUGAGAUCGUUGAGGCGUGUGGUGGAACGGAUUCGGUCUCUUAAGCAGUGUGUAGAACAACAAAUAGCCACGUUGCUG